CGCAGAUCCGUAAGACGUACUUUGCACUCAUUUUAAUACCUUGCAUAAUGAUAGUCACUCCUUCGGCUCCGUCUCCCUGAAACGCGUACUCUAAUCAAUCUGGCAUUGAUUAUAGCCCCUUGAUCUUAAUCGGCCAUCCGCUUGUUGCAGUCAUUACUUCAUUCUAACCUAAUACACCCUCGCCAGCUAAUCUCCUUCGAAGAUAAUUUUAUUUUGAUUUAUUCUACUUGGUUGCUUCAUUAAGACCAUCAUGGCGAACGCGCUGUCAUCUUUGCGCCUCGAAAGCGUGCGCGAGCUGCUCUCAGCCAUCUCACCCCUAAUCUCAUGGAAGGCGCUAGCUCUGCUGCUAGCAAUCAUUAACUUGAAGAACAUGCCGCUCAUUUGGCACGCCCGUAUUUUAUAUCACUUCUGGGGAAACAUCCGAUGGCGUGUCCAGGAUCCCUAUUUCCCCAAGGGGACACCACUAGUCACUCACAGCGGGAAGCCGACGCAUCCGGUAUUCGUGUCGUACGGCAUCUCAUCCCGAGCUCCAAUCCUGGAAACGGAUUACAACCAGCACAAGUCCAACAGCACGUACUUCUCCGACCUGGACGUGGCCCGCACGGCCCUGGUCACCCGUCUAUACAGCCCCGGAGCUUCAAUCGUGAGCAAGGAACUCGACGCGGAGCUCCUCAAAGCCAGCCAGCGGGACGGCGCGAAGCCACCCAAGCGCAAGGGCAUUUAUGUGGCCCUGGGCUCGGUCUACUGCAGCUUCAAGCGGGAGAUCAAGCCCUUUGAGUUGUACGAGAUGGAGACCAAGGUUAUCGCCUGGGACCAGAAGUGGAUGUACGUUAUGACGUUCUUUUUCCGACCCGCGAGCCGGAAAGGCGGCGAGAAGACGCUCUUUGCGACUGCGCUGAGCAAGUAUGUCGUCAAGAAGGGUCGGCUGACCGUGCCGCCGGAGAGAGUCCUGCGGGCCAGUGGCUUCCUGCCUCCGCGGCCGGAGGGGUCUGCCGCACCUGAGGUGACUGCCUCGAAUGAGGCAUCGGGCGUGGGGACACCGGUCAAUGGAGAGGGUCUCACGGCUAGUGCUUCGGGUGUAGACGGGUCUUUAGUGCGGGAAGUGCUGAAGUUACGGGAGGAGGACAUGCCGGAACCGAAGUCGCUGGAGGCGGAAAAGAAGAGCAACUCUGCGUCGUGGGACUCGAACGAGUGGACAUGGGAGCGGAUUGAGCAGGAACGGCUGCGUGGGUUGAAAGUCAUAGAAGGAUAUUCAACGAUGGAUGCUAGGCUGUACGAAGAGUGGCAGCGUUAGCAGUCGUAUGAGCUAAUGGGGGCGGUGAUUUUGUUCUUUUUUUUCUGGCUUACUAGAUAUUAAUUCAUGUUAUAUAGGCUGGACUUGGCGCUAACGAGAAUUAGAUAUUACGUUAGCUUAUAGACGGCAACUCGCAGAUACUAUACAACCAUAUGUGCGAUCAGGCCCAGUUGCCUGACAUCUCAAGAGUUAUAGAUGAGAUCCGAAUCCAGAGCUAAGAUCACACUUCAUAAUGAAGAUAUCGUGCUU